AUGUCCGUGUUUUGGUUUGGUCUGGAGUAUCGUACCAUCCAGGUGAAUGGCCAGCGAUUUAUUGGUCCUCCGAUUGCGUGCAGUAAACCGGAACCGACCUAUGACUGGGAACUGUUUGUAAAACAUUUGCCCCGGAAUUUUUACGAGCAGGAAUUGGUGCCACUGUUCUCGGCCGCUGGUUUUGUGUACCAAAUACGACUCUUGAUGUGCUUUAGUGGAUUGAACCGAGGGAUCGCCUAUGUUCGGUUCACCAACGAGACGGACUUCCGGCGGGCCGUGUUGUUGUUUAACAAUCUGCCGAUCGCACCACGUUUCGUGCUGUACGCGGGUAAAAGUUUAAAUCUGCGCAAGUUGGUCCUGCUGAAUAUAGAGCAAAGUAUCGAGGAUGGUACGAUUCGAAAAUUUAUCGACGCCAUCUGUAGCGGAGUUUGUUAUCAUGUGCCCGUCAGUUCCGGUGAUCGGUUAUUUGCCAAGUCGCAUAUUAUCGUUAUGAUUAUGGUUGCACACUCCAACCGCCCCACACAGGAUGGAGCUGCGUGGUACUUUACUCUAUCGCUUGCUCUUCGGAACGAGAAAUCUCCGGAUGGAGCCCGUUCCCCUCCGAGGGAAGAUGAAUGA